AAGAGAGGAAAGACCAGACCAUCAUUCGCUAGUGAAGCUUCCUUAGACAUAAAUGAAUUUAUCAAGAGAGGAAAGACAAAACAUGACAUAGUUCCAGAUUCAAUGGAUAUUGAUGACGUGAUUCAAAAUGUCGAGAAGUCAAUAGACUCAGUUGCAAUGAAAACUGUUAUACAUCGCCCUAUGCCCCAAUAUUCUCCCCAUGCAGACUAUAACGCAGAUCUAGACUCCAGCUUAGAAAGCUCAAAAUCAUGUACAAUUCUGAGAAAAAAGAAACACCAUCAUAAUUUGAACAGGACUAAAGGCACUCCAAGACAAAUGGAAGCAAAUAGUGCUGUCAAAGUUGGUAUAAGAGUAAAACAAGAGAAUGAACAGAAUCCUGUUGCUAGGGACUCUGACAGUGAUUCUGAUGAUGUCAUAGAAUUGCCCCACUCUAGAAGCAUCAUAAAAUUCCCAGUUCCUGAAACCAUGGAUGUUGGAGACUCAGACAGCGAGGAUUCUGAUGUCACAGUAGACGACUUUAGUCGAAAUGUCUCGAUAUGUAGCGAAGGGCUUCUUAGUGAAGAUGAUGAUAACCCAGUCAUUGAAAAUAUAAAAAGUCCAAAUGUAAGUACCAGAAAAGUUCCCUUUGAUCUCAAUGAGUCUCAGUUGUCCAGACAUUCAAUGGGACUUCAAGUGUCAAUGACCUCAAAUGAUACCCAUAAUGCAACUGACACAGCAGACGACACAGAAAAUUCCCAUAAUGCAUCUGGUCUAACCAAUGGCAAAAAUAGAACAGCACAAUCUGAAGAUGGAAUAAAUGAUGAGAAAAGUAUAGGACUUCAAUGUUUAGUUGAGAGCAAUCCUGAGGAUGAUGAUACACAAGAUAAACACAAGAACAACAUGGUGAAACACAAAAUCAACCAAUCUGAUGAUGAAUCAUUCUUCUCUGCUGCCUCAGAUUACAAUGAUGACACUGGGAAAGAGAAAUCAGAUAUUGAAAACUCCAUCUCUCAACAUUCUAUUGGACUCCAAGCAUCAAUGGAGACCAUAGAAACUUCAGACACUGACACUAAUGAUCACAUACAACAGAACAAUGUUGAUGUACCUGAUAAACACUCUAUUGGACUCCAGGCUUCAUUUGAAAGCUCUGAAAAUGAGGAAUAUGGAGCACCUCAAUCCAAAAAUUCUGCUGGAAUUCUGAAAAGGGAAAACAAAGUGGAAAGUGCAAUAGAUAGUAACACUGACAAACAUACCAGUAAUGAGAAUCAUGCAAGGGAAAACUCAAAUAAGAAACCAAUCACUGAUGAGUCAAAUCUGGAUGAAGAUAUUAUGAACUUAAGUGGUAUUAUGACCUCAAAAUUAAAAAUAAAUCAUGGAGCGAAAUUAAGUGGUCCAAUUAUAACAGAUGAUGAUGACUUUUUACCAACACAAAAAUCAUCAAAGAAAUCAAAAUCAAAGAAAGCUACUAUCAAAGCUAAAAUUGAUGAACUUGUGAACCUUGACCUUGACUCAGAUGACCUUGACCUUGAUAGUGUAUUGCCCAUUCCAAAGAGUACGGCAAAAACAAAAAAGGGAAAGAAACAAAAUAAAAAGUCAACAAAGAAAACUGAAGAAACAAAUAACUAUAAGGAUCCUAAAAUAAACAAAACCACUAAAAAAUCUAAAACAUCAAAACUGCAAAUAGACCUCGAUAUCAGUGAUUCUGUAGACAUCUGUCCAUCUCAACACACAGUAACAGAUGGCCCAGAGAAAUCAAAGAAAUCUAAAACGCCCAAACUUCACAUAGACCUUGAUAUCAGUGAUUAUGAUGAUGAUCCAGAGAUAUCAAAGGCACCUGAGCCUAUUGUAAACUCAUCAAAGAAAAGAUCAAAGGAUUUACCUGUGCACUCACAUGUAGAUUCAAUACAGAGUUAUGAAGAUGAGCUACCUGAUGUAUCAACCUCACCCCAUCCAAGCUUUAGUCAACCAAGGGUUGAUAUUGUGAGUUUGCUGUCAGAUUCCAGUGAAGAUGACGAUGCAAUGGAAAAUUUUUUCUCAAAGAUGAAAACUCCAGGAAAAUCACAAGUUCAGCCAAGUUAUAAUGACAACAACGAUGAUGAUUAUGAUGACAAUAAUUUCAUCGUGCCUGAUGAUAUGGUUAGCAGUAGUGAAAGUGAUGACAGUUUGUUUUACAAGAAAAGUCUAGUAGACACACCAGCAUCAAGGCCCAAGAAAUCCAGUCACAAGUACAACACCAGCAGUGAAGACUCAGAUAUAUCAACCCCAGGGUCAUACAGACCAAAGAUCGCCAGUACAACAAGCAAUGACACUUCCGUUUUCUCAACCCCUGGAAGCAGUAAACCUAAUAGGAAUACAAGUGCAGGGAGUCAGGAUACAAGCAAUGAAGUUCUUGGGGUCUCAACGCCUCAUUCAUAUUUCAAGACACCUAAACUACCAGGUAAGACACCAAAAUCAGCUGGAACUCCUCAUAUUGACAACACUGACCUUGGACGUUCUCUCACAGAUAGACUCUUCAAAACGAAGGUUUCUGGUACCCUAAGCUCUCUCGCAAAGCCCACAGUGAAGUCUAAGCCAACAGUGCCUCAGAGUACAGGAGUAAUAAAUAAAACAAAGAAAGUAGUCCCAGAUGUUGUUCGGUCCAGAUCUUCAGAAUAUAGGCCCUCAACAUACAGCUUUCUGAAGUCUCUGUCUACCAAUGUGGAGAACCAAAGGCGCCAUCCAGAUGCUUUGGAGUAUGUGAAACAAUUCAAGAAGAAAAAAGAAGAACUGACUAUGAGACUUGUGAAACUUUACAAUGAAACUGUAUUUGAUUCAAAGUUACCAGAGAACUUGGAGGUGAUCUGGAAUCCACGACUGUUAAAGACAGCUGGUUACUGUGCGUACAAAAGGAAUAGGGUGAAACAAGAUGAUCGCACGUGUCGUAUAGAACUCUCUGGAAAAGUUUGUGAUUCAUCAGAACGUGUACGAGACACUCUCAUACAUGAGAUGUGUCACGCUGCUGUUUGGCUGCUGAAUGGGGUCAAUGAUGGCCAUGGGAGGUUCUGGAAAUACUGGGCAAGAAAGUCAAACAUUGCCCACCCAGAACUGCCUAUAAUUCAGCGUUGCCAUAGUUAUGAAAUAAAUACCAAAUUCACCUACAAAUGUGUGGAGUGUGGCUACCAAAUUGGACGUCAUUCAAAAUCUCUAGAUACAACCAAGAAGGUCUGUGGGUAUUGUCACGGUCAAUUUGAACUCAUCGUCAACAACAAGGAUGGAACUCCAAGGAAACCAAGGGCCCCUUCAACACCGAACAAAUUUGCACUAUUUGUCAAGGACAAUUAUGGCAAACAAAAACAACUGAACAAAGGAGCCCCUCAUAAGGAUAUUAUGAACAUAUUGAGUGCAGAAUUUGCAUCAAAAAGUUCAAUAUGAUUAUUUGUGCUUGAUAUUAAGACAAAGAAAUAUACACACAUGUAUAUACUG